CUGUCCAUCUCCCAAAUAAACUUAUUUUUGGAAUUAAGAAACAUUGACAUCUCUCGUCGCGAAAGAGCGAGCGAAUUCUGUUUACAUAAAGCCAGCACUUUUCAUACAGUUGCGUUCGGAAAAGCCUAUGUACAAGCGCACAUCGCCCAGUGCCCACAGGAUAUGGGCGCCCUUUCGAAAACAAACGUCACGGAUGUUUUCCAGAAACUUGCUCUUAUAAAUAGUGGAGUUGCUGCCACUCGAAAUAUUAGUUUGGAGCAGAGCGAACGACGCGUUGGAUCCGCGAUAGGAACUUCAGAGGACUACUACUGCAAAAUAGCACCCAAAAGGAUAUAUAAACCAGGAUGAACCUCAAUUACUUUGUCGUAUUGCAGCUGCUGGCAGUUAUGGUGUUGCUAACCUAUGCUAAUGCCAUACCAAAAUAUGAAGAGAGUCAUAAGUUCUAUGCGGACAAGGGACAGCGGGAUAGAUCGUACUACAACGAAAACAAAACCCAGCCCAGUGAACCGCAGGCAGCUUCCACAAAGGAUAGGCUGGAACGUCUGGGAUAUACCACCGGCUAUGGGUCCCUAAAUGGUUAUCCUGGUGGUACUGGACUGUCCGCCUACAAUCCCAUAAAACUGGACUUGGGCGGAGUAGUUCUGGGAACUCUCGUGGGCAUUGGCGCCAUCAUACUAAUCCCCAAAAUUCUAUCAGCCUUCCAUGGCGGCUACGGGGGAUAUGGUCGAAGUGAGGAUAGCGAUCUGACGCCCCUCAGCAGCAUGAUCAAUAAAAUCGACGAUGUCCUGGGUCAGAACAACAUUGAUUCCACGAGCUGCAUGCAGCGUGCUGUGUGUGGCUAUGUUCGUUCCACGGAGUAUAAUAUGAAGAUCGGGUCCUCUGACCAGAUGGAUGAAUUCAUUCACAUGCUAUCGGAAAAUGCCCUGGUGGAUUACCUGCUGGAUGGAACGGCUAUAAAAGAGGCUUUGGAGCACGGAAAGCGUUCCAACGAUAGGGCGUGUGAGGAGGUGUAUUCCAAUUGCCCCCUGGAUAGUAAAUCAGCCACGGAUAUUCUGAUGAAGCUGAUGCCCAAGAAGAGCUCCCAAGGAAAGGGAAAAUCAUCUGGAAUAUCUCGAGAAAAGAAGGCUUAGAAUCAUUUCAAAAUCAUAAAGAUUGUUUUCCACACAUUCCAUACUUAAAACCAAAUAUUUUCUCAACAUUU